AAAAAAAAAAGACAACUCGAUCUGUGUUUGACUUUUGCCACUAGUUGCAGCUGCUUGUCAUGAUUCUACUGAUCUCUUUGCUCUUUGCCCCUGCACCGUGAGAGAGAGGGCUCGGAGAGAGAAAGAAUGGAAGAGGAGCAAUUGGACUAUGUUCUGGUACCUUCGGGUCUAUUGUUGUUCGGAUUAUACCAUCUCUGGCUUAUCUUUACCAUCCUCCACUCUCCCAAACGAACCGUCAUUGGCAUCAAUGCUGAGUCUCGCCACCAUUGGGUCUUCUCCGUGAUGACUGACCCCGUAAAGAAUGGUGUUUUGGCAGUUCAAACAAUUCGCAACAACAUAAUGGCAUCUACAUUGUUAGCGACAACAGCAAUUACUCUCAGUUCACUAAUCAGUGUUUAUGUCAGUAGCACAUCAAAGUCUAGCAACACAUCUUCACAGCUGGUUUAUGGCAAUAAGACUUCUAUGAUCUCUUCAGUCAAGUACUUUUGUAUCUUGCUUUGUUUCCUUCUUGCGUUCCUUUUCAAUGUGCAGUCUAUUAGAUACUAUGCCCAUGUUAGCUUCUUGGCUACCACGCCUGCUUGGAGUGAUAAUAAAGAGUCUAUUGAGUACAUCGUGAGAAAUUUGAAUCGUGGAAGCCUCUUUUGGUCCCUUGGAUUGCGAGCAUUCUACCUUUCAUUCCCUCUGUUCCUCUGGAUAUUUGGUCCCAUACCCAUGUUUGCUUGUUGUUGCUUACUGUCACUUCUUCUAUAUUUCUUGGACACCACUACCAGUUUUACACGGAAUCUUCACUGUCAUUCACUCAAACAAGUUACCAAGAGCAACGACAUGGAUUCAGCUGUUUAAUCAUUAGUUGCUGCCUGAUGGCAAAUCUAGACUGGUUACUAAGCUGCUGCUUUGGAGCUCAUUGCCUGUUCUUCUGUCUUAUCAGUGUAGUAAUACAGAAGAAACAUUGUAGGCGAAAUUGAAGUGUGUUCGAGGUCAUCUCUUCAAGUAUGUAUAGCCACUGAUGAACUUUAGAGUGCCUUAAGUUUUAUGCUUUGCUAAAAAUGCUAUCUUGAUGUUCUGCUUUUUAUUUUGCUUCUAGUCCUUUCUCAGAAUCUCAAUCAUAUUAUUCAGCAGCUUCUAUUCAUUCAUUACAACAGAAAUGUGAGAGCGCCGUGUUAUUCU